AUGGAAAUUGAGAGAGAGUUUGAGAAGCAACAGCUGUGCUGGAAUGCGAUCAAUGUGGGGGACAUUUCUGAUGAAACGGAGUGGGAGGAUGAGGGCCUACUAAAAAUACACCUAAAAAUACACACAGGAGAGAAGCCUUACUCCUGCUCUGACUGUGGGGCGAGUUUCUCUAGUCUGGAAAACUUAAAAACACACCAACGUAUACACACAGGAGAGAAGCCUUACUCCUGCUCUGACUGUGGAAAAUGUUUUAAAACAUCAAAAGAGCUAAAAGUUCAUCAGAGAACACACACAGGAGAGAAGCCUUACGUCUGCUCUGACUGUGGAAAAUGCUUCACAACAUCAAGUCAUCUAAAAGUUCAUCAGAGAACACACACAGGAGAGAAGCCUUUCUUCUGCCCUGACUGUGGAAAAAGUUUUAAAACGUCAAAUGGGCUAAAAGUUCAUCAGAGAACACACACAGGAGAGAAGCCUUUCUUCUGCCCUGACUGUGGAACUAGUUUCUCUCAACUUUCCCACUUAAAAACACAUGAACGUAUACACACAGGAGAGAAGCCUUACUCCUGCUCUGACUGUGGAAAACGUUUUAAAAGAUACGCUGAGCUAAAAGGUCAUCAGAGAACACACACAGGAGAGAAGCCUUACGUCUGCCCUGACUGUGGGGCGAGUUUCUCUCUUCUGGGCACCUUAAAAGGACACCAACGUAUACACACAGGAGAGAAGCCUUACGUCUGCCCUGACUGUGGAACUAGUUUCUCUCAACUUUCCCACUUAAAAAUACAUGAACGUAUACACACAUUAGAGAAGCCUUACGUCUGCUCUGACUGUGGAAAAUGCUUCACAACAUCAAGUCAUCUAAAAGUUCAUCAGAGAACACACACAGGAGAGAAGCCUUUCUUCUGCCCUGACUGUGGAAAAAGUUUUAAAACGUCAAAUGGGCUAAAAGUUCAUCAGAGAACACACACAGGAGAGAAGCCUUUCUUCUGCCCUGACUGUGGAACUAGUUUCUCUCAACUUUCCCACUUAAAAAUACAUGAACGUAUACACACAGGAGAGAAGCCUUACUCCUGCUCUGACUGUGGAAAACGUUUUGAAAGAUACGCUGAGCUAAAAGGUCAUCAGAGAACACACACAGGAGAGAAGCCUUACUUCUGCUCUGACUGUGUAAAAUGCUUCAAAACAUCAACUCAGCUAAAAGGUCAUAAGAGAACACACACAGGGGAGAAAAAAAGUUAAUCAGAGAACACAGGCAUGAGAGAAGCCUGCUUAUGUCUGCUCUGACUUUUGGGUGAGUUUCUCUCACCAUAGCAACUUAACACACCAAUGUAUAGACUAUAGACGUCUAGCCAAAGGCUGCGUGUUUGAAUCUCAUCAAGGAGGACUUUAGCAAUUUCGCUAAUUAGCAACUUUGCAACUUCUUACUAAUUUUUAGCUAUGUUAGCAUGUUAGCUUAG